GUGCACGGGACGAAAGCAGCCUUUCCUCACAGGACCCAUGCAAACGCUUUAAAAUCACUUUUAAGGAAAACUUAAAGGAAGCAAGAUGUUUUUCUUCACGCGCGAAUGGAUCGAGGACAAAUCGGACGCCUGAAACGUGAGAAGUGCGACAAAUCGCGACUCUGUUGGCUUUACUGUUGAGUCUGGUGCGUUUGCAGCUAAUGAUCAGUGGAAUCGAGAUGCGCUGAACGCAACGCAAAGAGGAAUGAAAUACUUUGUUUGUUGUCGGUUAAGUGUAGCCUUUUGGCAAAGCGCUUGAGAAAAGGAGAAAUGUUGUUGGACAGAAACGAUGUAUAAUGCGCACCUCUUACUGUUUCUCAAACGAACUGUCUGUCACCCGUUGUCUCUCUGGAACGGAGUCUGCAUUGGGAACAACAUGCCACGGACGCACUUUUGCUGUCAUUAACGGGGACAAAUCAGACCACCGUGGCUGCAAUCCGAUCAAUAGACUAUCGAUGAGCACAUAUAUAAGGCUAAUCAUCACGCCUGCCUAUGUUUGCUUAACCUGUUUGGGAGAGUAUGCUGUGGGACAAUAAACAAACUGCUGACAAGUCAUAUUAUGUUCAUUGGGAAGAUCUGUGGGAGUUCAUGGAUCUAUUAUUGAGCUCCUCAAGAGAUUUUUACAUGGAAAUUAUGAAACGUGUUUUACAAGAUGACUGCUACAGUCAGCAUAGCGUCAGGCAAACCAGAUCAACUAGUUGCUCCGAUUCCUGUGUAAGCACUCUCGGUUUGGUGUGGAGUUAUGGGGUGACUGCUCAUUCGACUUGAUGAAAAAGCCAUGGAUGUGAACUACUCCACGGUCCUGGACAGCAGUGUGUCGCAGCGCAAUUCAUCAAAGCGAGUUCUGACUGGUUGUUUUCUCUCGCUCCUCAUCCUGACCACGCUACUGGGCAACACUUUGGUCUGUGCUGCUGUUACAAAGUUUCGCCACCUGCGCUCAAAAGUCACCAACUUCUUUGUUAUAUCGCUGGCUAUUUCUGACUUGCUGGUGGCCAUUUUGGUGAUGCCAUGGAAAGCGGCCUCUGAGAUUGUAGGGUUUUGGCCAUUUGGCGCCUUCUGCGAUGUCUGGGUGGCCUUUGACAUCAUGUGUUCCACUGCCUCCAUCUUGAAUCUGUGCGUCAUCAGCGUGGACCGCUACUGGGCAAUUUCUAGCCCGUUCCGCUACGAGCGCAAGAUGACACCCAAGGUGGCGUUCAUCAUGAUAAGUGUGGCGUGGACACUGUCCAUCCUUAUCUCCUUCAUCCCUGUGCAGCUGAACUGGCACAAAGCCCAGGUGGAGCUGAACGGCACCUACGGCGAGCUUCCCCCAGACAACUGCGACUCCAGCCUUAAUCGGACAUAUGCCAUCUCCUCCUCCCUGAUCAGUUUUUACAUUCCUGUGGCCAUUAUGUUGGUCACUUACACCCGCAUCUAUCGCAUUGCCCAGAAGCAGAUACGCCGAAUCUCGGCACUAGAAAGAGCGGCUGAAAGUGCCAAGAACCGCCACAGUAGCAUGGGUAACAAUGCCAGUAUGGAGUCUGAAAGUUCCUUCAAGAUGUCCUUCAAGCGUGAAACCAAAGUCCUCAAGACCCUCUCGGUCAUCAUGGGCGUUUUUGUAUUCUGCUGGCUGCCCUUCUUUGUCUUAAACUGCAUGGUUCCCUUCUGUAACCCCAACGAGAACUCUGACUUCUUCUGCAUCAGUUCCACCACCUUCGAUGUCUUUGUCUGGUUCGGUUGGGCCAACUCCUCACUCAACCCCAUCAUCUAUGCCUUCAAUGCUGACUUCCGAAAGGCAUUCUCCAUCCUGCUGGGCUGCCAUCGACUUUGUCCGGGCAGCAAUGCAAUAGAGAUUGUGAGUAUCAACAACAACGGUGGCCCUCCGUCUACUUCUCAGUAUCAGCCUAAGGGCCACAUCCCCAAAGAGGGCAAUAACAGCAACUAUGUAAUCCCUCACAGUAUCCUCUGCCAGGAGGAGGAGAACCAGAAGAGAGAGGAUGACUCUGGUAUAAAAACCUUUGAGAAACUGUCACCUUCCAUGUCAGGCAAUUUGGAUAGCGAUGCGGAUGUCUCGCUGGAAAAGAUAAACCCCAUAACAAAAAAUGGGCAGCACAAAUCCAUAACCUGCUGAGCACUGGGUGAGAUCUGACCCCAACAAAGAAUCCUUGUUUCUAUACAGUACGGAAUCCAAAAAAAGCUUCACUGAGGACCUUAAAAACGUUUCUUGGACUAAAUGAAACUUGCAGCAAACAAAAAGAAUGUUCCAAUUGAAGGCACUUUAUGCUGGAUAACUAUCUGCAAAAUAUUCAGAGGAUUUAUUAUUGAUGUUAACAGGUUAGUUGUCUCUAGACAUAAAUGGAAAGUAAUGUGAAUGAACCAUGUAUGCAUAUGUAUACAUGUUAUGCAUUUGAAAUGUGUAUACAUGCGCACGCCCAUGUGGUUGUGGUAGAACUGCUGAUGUUAAUAUAAGGACAAGAGUUAAUUAGUAAAAUAUCUUGUAGGUGAGUUUAUGUAAACGGCUUACGAAUAGAGAAAUUUGGCUGCGUCUACAGUUGACGAUAAAAUGUACAUAGUGUUGUUUAUAUAUUUUUCACCAUUUAUCAGAGUUGGCUAAGUCGGCAUCUCCUUGCGCUGCUAGUUGUGAAAUUGUAUGUGCAAACCACCCUAUAAUGUAACCUGAGAGCAGUAGCUUUUCUCAUCCUAGUCGUCUACGUGUGCUUUCGUGUGAUGUCAAACAGAGGAGCAGUGUAUUUUUCUGCUAUGUGAUUUAUCAGCUGUGGAACUGGCCAAAAUAUUUGGAUGUAAUUUUGAUGUCAAAACCCCCUUUCCUUACCCAACCCAACCGCUUUCCUCACCAUCAAACCCUUCACUUGUCACAGCACAGGGAAAAUAUGAUCCUACUGGUAAUCUCAUCAGUCAUUACCUACAGUUCAAUUGUCAUUAUUCUCAUGCUUUUUAAAAGGCAAACAUGUUUUAUUUUAAACCCUGUGCGUAAGAGACCUGCCGGUGUACUUUUAUCCAUCACAGUGUAUUUAAAUGAAAGAAGACGCCUCAUGUGGAUCCUAGUUCUGAUUGUCCUUUGAUUCCAUCCACUCUAAAUGUACAAACAUAGUUUCAGGCACCAUGACUGCCUUUAAACAGUUUCUUUUGCCAACUAUGUGGAUGAACUUUGUUCUAGGACAGUGUGAAAUACCACUAAUGCAUAACAGAAAAAUGUAAUUACUGUAUUUAAUGCAACGCAUCUGUCCGGCUACCCAUAAACAUGUUGUCCUUUCCAAAAAAACACCAUAAGAAGCUCUCUGUAGGUCAUUCUAGAGCCUCAAAGCAUAUCCAGGAUGAAAACCAUCUUGCAUCAUGCAUAUAGUUAUUGUGCAGAAUCCAGCCCCUGAACUGUCAUGUCAGCUGUCAGAAUCUGUGGCGUAUGAACUGCCGUCCCAGUUUUAAUAAUUUGUUGAGCUGUUUUGUUGGGUUAUGCAACUGCCCUUGAUCUAAGUUAAUUCCAGGGCCUACCAUCCAGUGAGCGCUUCCCAUAAACAUCGGGUUUUGACCGAACUGAUACGCAUGAGCUUGUUCUCAGAGUGCAUUAGAAAAAAAAAAAAAAACAAGCAAGAUGCAAACCACAACAAAAUGACUACUGUAAAUCAAUCAAGGUAGCUUUUAGAUCACUUUGCCCCUUUAGAGCUGAUCGUAUAAACCCAUUUAGUUAACACUGUCUCUCAUAACUCACAUAGUUCACGGUGUCUCUAAAGAGAAAGUCUCUCAUAUUUCGCCUUCGAUCAUACCCUGUGCCAAAAUGCCGAGGACAUCAUGAUCAGCGGCCUUUGCCAGCUUCCUUCUCACUUAGCCUAAUGUUCUCCAUCUCUCUAAAAGCUUGACAGAAUGAACUACAACCACUCUGUAUGUCUGACUCCGAACUAACUGAAUGGAGUAAAUAUGUACGUGCGACUUGCAUAGCUUGGAGAGAGAGACUAGAUGAACAGAGACUUCAGUACACAUAUUUGUCUAAAAAUGGACAUCUGCUCCAGGGAAUUUUCCAAAAGACUCUGUUUACUCAUCUGCCUGUCAUCGACCCGUUUUUCACAAUGCUGCUAUGGAAAUAUACAAUAUACAAAUAGCGCUAAUAUUUA